CGCUUCGCAUUCCUACACUUUAAUGCUGUCGUGUGUUUUUGUUUUGUUUAUUUUUUUUUAAAUUGGUAAAUUCUUCGAUUAAUCACUAUACAUAAAUUGAAGUGAAGUGUGAGGCUAACGUGAUUCAAGAGUUUGCAAUGGCAAUGGCAUUUCGCUUGUCCAAGCACGAAUCGAGCGUCAUCAGUGCGGAAGAAACAUCGCUUGAACAACUCGAUUCUAGCGUCGAGAUGCGUUCGCGUUCACCAUCGCCGCUAGUGUUUAAUCCACGCAAGCUGCGCUUCGCCGAUGAUGAUUUUGACAAGGAACCGCAGGAAAGUCCGCAACACAAAAAGAAACAAAUCGUUGCUCAGCGAGUUGUGGAUGUGGACAUGUCGCCUCCGUGCCAAAAAGUUCGUGCAUUGAGGCUGUUUAACACACCAGCGACACCGAAGACCAUCCUACAAAAGUCCACAAACAAUUGUAAUCACUUGUCUGCCGUUGCGGCAGCUGUGAAUGCCUCCUCCACCAAUGCCAUCGCCACAGCUUCCUCCGCACGAGAGGAGAUCUUUAAGUUGACAGAACGUCCACGCUCAUUGCCAUUGCAUAAUCACAGGAGCAUGCAGCCACAGGACACAGCCAAUGUUAAUCCCUUCACACCAGACAGUCUCAUGGCCCACAACAAGAAACGUUGUCGCACUCAAUUUGGCCGUGAGAAUCUGAAUUUGAGUACCAUGCAACGGUUCCUGCUCAGCGAUCCCUGCGACGAUGACGGCGCAACGGAUUCGGGCAACGAUGCAGUCCGGGAAAUACAUCAACAGGCGCCCAAGAGAUUAGCGCUUCACGACACAAACAUCAGUCGCUUCAAGCGCGAGUUUAUGCAAGUCAGCGUCAUUGGAGUUGGCGAAUUUGGAGUCGUGUUUCAGUGCGUCAAUCGGCUCGAUGGCUGCAUUUAUGCCAUCAAAAAGAGCAAGAAACCCGUGGCAGGCAGCUCAUUCGAAAAACGGGCCUUAAAUGAGGUGUGGGCACAUGCGGUGCUUGGCAAGCACGAUAAUGUGGUGAGAUAUUAUUCAGCAUGGGCGGAGGAUGAUCAUAUGCUAAUACAAAACGAAUUCUGCGAUGGAGGCAGUCUUCAUGCCCGCAUUCAGGAUCACAGUCUGGGUGAAUCGGAUCUUAAAAUCUUGCUAAUGCAUGUAAUUGAAGGCCUUCGUUAUAUACACUCCAAUGACCUGGUGCACAUGGACAUAAAGCCGGAGAAUAUAUUUUCCACAAUGAAUCCAACCGCAUACAAACUAGGCAGCAGCUCGGAGGCACAACAUCUCGGUGGCAAAGAUGAUGAUGGCAUGGACAGCGUAUACGAGGAGUUGCGCAGUUCAGAAAAUCUGGUUACUUACAAAAUUGGCGAUUUGGGACAUGUGACAUCGGUGAAGGAGCCGCAUGUUGAGGAGGGCGACUGUCGCUACUUGCCCAAGGAGAUACUGCAGGAGGACUAUAGUAAUCUGUUCAAGGCCGACAUUUUCUCGCUGGGCAUAACGCUCUUUGAAGUUGCUGGCGGCGGACCAUUGCCAAAGAAUGGACCUGAGUGGCACAAGCUGCGCAAUGGAGAGGUGCCAUCGAUUCCAACGCUAAGCAAGGAUUUCAAUGAACUCAUUGCACAAAUGAUGCAUCCCGAACCAAAUGAAAGGCCCAGCUCCAUGUCCAUUUAUAGUCAUCCCAUUUUGAGCGCAGUGGAUUCGAAGAGCAAACUGCAGCUUGGCUUGGAGCUGACAGUGGAAAAGCGUAAGAACGAGAUCUUGAUGAACAAGUUAAGGGAAGCAAAGAAACAAAUAAAGCUGCUCGAACAGCGAGUCUCCGUUUUGGCUGUUGCAAAUACGCCGGAACCACUCGACGGACAACGUUGUUUGCGCUCAUUCACAAGACGCAUGCGCACGCCGUUUGGAUCGCACGGUAAAUUUAAUAGUCUCGGGGAUCGAAACAAGAAUGUCAUUACCAAUAUUUGACUAUUUGAUAAGCAGGAGUCAAAUCUGUACGACGGCUCUAAACUCUUCCGUAUUAAAAGUGAACAAAGCUCACAUUCUUGUUAAUUUAAGCAUGUAUCAUAAGUUCUAAGUUGUUGCUAGUUCUGAUUUUAAAAUGCCUCAAUAUCGUUGUGGGUUGCUUCUAUUCUCAAAUAACUAAUCCGUAAGAAAAACAUCGGAAGAUUGCCAUUUCUAUUUCUUAACUCAGUGAAAGUUUAUGAAUAAAAGAAAGACUAAAAGAAAGAGCGUUAUAAGGUAUUGCCUUUAAUAAUUAUAAUUUUUAAAAACCAGAUUACAAUUUUUGUAUAUAUCAAAUAUUAACUGUAAAAUAGUAUGUAUUGUUUUCGUGAUUAAACUAUUUAUUGUAUUACAUUGAAGGCGAAAUAUUUAAGUACAUUCCAUUCGCGAAUAAAACGAAUGAUAUCAUUUUAAAUAAAAGCUCAAUUUUGU